GCUCGGGCUAUAAGAUCUAGGUCCGCGCGACGCCCCAGGCAGACCGAGACUGAGCAGGGGGGAGAUUGGGAGUGUGAGACUGAGGCUGAGGACCGAAUUUCUCUGUGCUAAACCCACACAACCGUGAGCAUGGCGUCCUCGGCGAGGAACACUCCCCCGUCCACCAGGAGGGGGACUCGGGAAGAAAUGAUGUUCCCGACGACCAAGUGCGACGUGGUCGUCAUAGGGGGAGGCAUCUCAGGUUUGUCUGCUGCCAAACUCUUGGCUGAAUAUGAAAUAGAUGUUAUAGUUUUAGAGGCACGGAACCGAGUUGGAGGAAGGACUUACACUCUGAGGAAUGAAUUCGUUGAUUAUGUAGAUAUUGGUGGAGCCUAUGUGGGACCUACUCAAAAUAGAAUUCUACGAUUGUCUAAGGAGCUGGGUUUAGAGACCUAUAAAGUAAAUGUAAAGGAAUGCCUUAUUCAUCAUUUAAAGGAUGUCUACAGAGAAUAUGAUUCAUGUAUAUCAAGUGGAAAAUCUGUAGCUUUCCGGGGUCCUUUUCCUCCAGUGUGGAAUCCCAUAGCAUAUCUGGAUUACAACAAUCUGUGGAGGACAUUAGAUAACAUGGGGAAGGAGAUUCCUUUUGAGGCUCCAUGGCAGGCACCUCAUGCUGAAGAAUGGGACAGGAUGACCAUGAAGGAACUCAUUGAAAAAAUUUGUUGGACAAAAACUGCCAGGAACUUUGCUUUGCUUUUUGUGAAUAUCAACGUUACCUCUGAAGCUCAUGAGGUCUCUGCCCUCUGGUUCCUGUGGUAUGUGAAGCAGUGUGGGGGCACAACCAGAAUAUUUUCUGUCAGCAAUGGGGGCCAGGAAAGGAAGUUUGUUGGAGGUUCUGGUCAAGUUAGUGAAAAAAUGAUGGAACUUCUUGGCGAACGAGUAAAGCUGGAAAGACCUGUAUCUUAUAUCGAUCAAUCAGGUGAAAGUGUCAUGGUGGAGACUAUAAACCAUGAGAGAUAUGAGUGCAGAUACGUAAUUAGUGCCAUCCCUCCAAUCUUAACUUGUAAGAUCCACUUCCGACCAGAACUUCCAUCAGAGAGAAUCCAGUUAGUCCAACGUCUCCCAAUGGGCGCUGUCAUUAAAUGUGUGAUGUAUUACAAGGAAGCCUUUUGGAAGAAGAAGAAUUACUGUGGCUGCAUGCUCAUUGAAGAUGAUGAUGCUCCAAUUUCAAUCACCCUAGAUGACAGCAAGCCAGAUGGAUCUGUACCUGCCAUCAUGGGAUUUAUCCUUGCCAGGAAGUCUCAUCAACUUGCUAGCAUUAGUAAAGAGCUACGGAAGAGGAAAAUCUGUGAACUUUAUGCAAGAGUGUUGGGAACACAAGAAGCUUUGCAACCAAUACAUUAUGAGGAGAAGAACUGGUGUGAAGAUCAGUACUCAGGAGGCUGCUACACUGCCUACUUCCCACCUGGGACCAUGACCCAGUAUGGAAGGGUUAUCCGCCAGCCAUUUGAAAAAAUUUAUUUUGCUGGCACAGAGACAGCAACCUAUUGGAGUGGAUACAUGGAGGGAGCAGUGGAAGCUGGAGAAAGAGCAGCAAGAGAGGUGUUGAAUGCCUUUGGGAAGGUGCCAAAAAAAGACAUUUGGGCACCAGAACCAGAGUCAAAGGAUGUUCCAGCCUUGACUAUUACCACCACCUUCUGGGAAAGAAACUUACCAUCAGUUCCAGGACUGCUGAUGGGUAUCGGAGCGACCACUUCCAUAAUUACAUUGUGUAUCAUGAUUUGCAGAUGCAAGAGAAUCAUAUGAUAGAUUCUAAAAUUUCCUUUUCAUGCUUUUUGAUUCUUCCUUCCCAGCACCAUCAAAAGGAAAACCUGGAAAAAUUAAAGGUGGUAGCAUUGGACCCUAUUUUUUGUGCACUGGAUUUUACGAGCCAAUUUUGUUCCUGUGAGUGUUAAAGUCAUCCCCCCAAAAAACAAAAUAGAAUAAAAUAAAUUCCCAUUACAUCAGUUUCAAUAGGAGCAAGGUCUAUCCCAUCACUUGUAUGUGCAGAUUAAGUUGUGUCCAUUGAUGGAAUAAAACCAUAGUGUCAAAUUUUGAAUUUCAGGAAUUUAAAAUUCUCAAGGGAAAGCUUUUAAAGCCCAGCUGCUUGUGGGAAACAAUCACUUACUUCUUUAUCCUGAUUUCUUUCUUUAAAAAAACAAGCACACCUUGUGAUUUCAUAAAUAAAUUUCUUUUUUACCUUUUCUGUAGUAGCUCCAUAAGUUAAGGAUGAAUCCUGUAAAAUAAUCAUCACAGCAAGAUUGGCCUGACAGCCAACUGGCUAUGGUGACUAAACUAUAUUGUUGGGGUUCUCCCUUCAUCUUUUGGGAAUGGGGGUGUUAAUAGAGCCCAGUGUUCACAGAGCUUCCUGGAGUGAACAUACAUCUUCUCUCAAUCAUUUUAAUGUAACACUAAAAAUAAAAAUGUUGGAUUGCAG